AGAAAUAAUAAAGUACAAUAAUAAUAAAUUUAUGGUUAGUUUAAUAAAAAGCUUAUUAUAUAUUUAGAUUGACCGAUCUAUUUCUCUAAGAAUUUUAAGAAUCAUUUUAGUGAUGACACGUGGCUACAAAAAAUGUUGUAGUGCUUCUCAAUUAAUAUAUAAGGGAUGUGAAAGUAUAUUUUUUAAUAUUUAUUAUAAUUUGAUAUAUGUUGCUUUUCCAAAAAAUAUUAGAAACAAUAAUGUGAUAAUCAGUCGAGAGUUGUAUAAAAGAAAGUAAACAAUAAAAUUUUGAAAGGUCAUGAAUGGAUAUUUGAUAUUUACAAUAAUUAAAAUAUUUUGUAAACUCUAAGUAGUGCACCAAUGGAAUUUCUGAUUAUCAUGUUGACUGAUUUUAGGGUUUACUUAGCAAGGAUCAAUUUACAUCUGUCACUAGAGAAUCCAAAUUAUACUUACCUGUUUAAGUAUAUGAUGCAUCGACAAAUUACAAACUACUACAUUCUAUGAUGUUAAUUUUUUUCGCUUGGAGCAUAAUUUUUUACUUAAAUCAAAUUGUGAGUAUGAUUUUCUAUUUAUAUUUCAAUAUAACAUACAAUUUGCAAUGUCAUUAUGUUUAUUUGAUAUUGCAAAAGUACUUAUGAAUUGACUUGGUCUAAUCUCUUACAGUUAAAGAGAAAAUCCUUUCUCACAACAUCACGUAACAUUAACAACCCUUGAUUAAAAUGCCUAUUUUAAGGCUGUUAAAUUAUUUAAAUUUAAAAGAACAGAGAAACGUGGUAAGAGAGAAGGGAAGAGCGCCAAAGUCUGAGGCUAAUUUUAUGGUAGCUUCAAACAUUCCUAAAGUGGCGAUAAUGCCUCAAAAUCCAUAUGACGUUUCUGAUAUCAUUAUUUGAGACUCAUAUUGCUCAAAUAUAUUUUCAUACGUGGAUACGUUUUAAAAGGUCUAAAGAGAAUUGGAUGAGAGUUGAAACGGAUCAAGCUGAGAAAGGAAGCAACGGCAGAUGCAUCUAUGAAGACAGGUGAAUUACACCACUUGAUACUUCUUGAGUUUAUUCGGCGUUCUUCUCUCGGGUUUCUCAGAUGGAAUGGCAGAUCCUGCUAGUUAUGUCUAUCACGAACGUGACAUCGACCAAGCACUUAUCAUUUUGAAAAAGGGAACACAGUUAGUCAAGUACAGUCGAAAAGGGAAACCUAAGUUUCGUGCAUUCAGGCUUUCUCCGGAUGAUAAAACGUUGAUUUGGUUUUCGCAUGGAGAAGAAAAAGGCUUAAAGUUAUCAGAAGUUUCUCGAAUCGUCCCAGGGCAAAGAACUGCUGUUUUCAAGAGAUUUUUACGUCCAGAGAAAGAUCACUUAUCAUUUUCACUUCUAUAUAAUAACAAAGAAAGGUCACUUGAUUUGAUUUGUAAAGACAAAGCUGAGACAGAGGUUUGGUUUGCUGCCCUUAAGUAUAUAAUUGAAAGAAGUCGUAAUAGACGUGCAAGAAGUGAGAUCCCUGAGAUACAUGAUAGUGACUACUUCUCCACUGGUCGUCAAUCAAUAGACAUUGUCUCAAACAAUAUUCCACGAGGUAGAACAUCAAUCGAUCUAGGAUAUGAACGUGGAAACAUGUUAAGACCAAGUACUGAUGGUUUUCGGAUUAGUGUCUCAAGCACACCAAGUUGUUCAAGUGGAGGUUCUGGUCCGGAUGAUAUAGAAUCAUUAGGUGACGUUUACGUUUGGGGUGAAGUUUGGAGCGAAGGGAUACUACCAGAUGGGACUGUUAGCAAAGAAACGGUGAAAACAGAUGUGUUAACUCCAAGACCCUUGGAAUCCAACGUUGUUCUUGAUGUUCACCAGAUUGUUUGCGGUGUAAGGCACGUUGCGCUUGUGACAAGACAAGGAGAAGUCUUUACUUGGGGAGAAGAAGCUGGAGGUAGGCUUGGACAUGGUAUUCAAGUCGACAUUUGUCGUCCCAAACUCGUUGAGUUUCUUGCUUUAACCAACAUAGACUUUGUUUCUUGUGGAGAGUAUCACACUUGUGUUGUAUCCACCUCUGGGGACUUGUUUUCGUGGGGAGAUGGAAUCCACAAUGUGGGUCUUUUAGGGCAUGGUAGUGAUAUUAGCCAUUGGAUACCAAAAAGAGUCUCUGGUCCAUUAGAAGGUCUUCAGGUACUCUCUGUUGCUUGUGGCACAUGGCAUUCUGCUUUAGCAACUGCAAAUGGGAAGCUAUUCACUUUUGGUGAUGGUGCGUUUGGUGUUUUAGGACAUGGAAACAGAGAAAGCGUUUCCAACCCUAAGGAAGUACAAUCGUUAAAUGGUUUGAAAACUGUGAAAGUUGCUUGUAGCGUUUGGCAUACCGCGGCGAUUGUUGAGGUUAUGGGCCAGACCGGUACCAGUAUGUCAUCUAGGAAGUUGUUUACUUGGGGUGAUGGGGAUAAAAACAGAUUAGGGCAUGGGAACAAAGAGACUUACUUGCUACCCACGUGUGUCUCUUCACUUAUUGAUUACAACUUUCAUCAAAUUGCUUGUGGGCAUACAUUUACCGUGGCACUUACAACCUCAGGACAUGUUUUCACUAUGGGCGGGAGUUCACAUGGUCAACUCGGUAACUCAAUAUCUGAUGGUAAAGUACCUUGUUUGGUGCAAGACCGAUUAGUGGGAGAAUUUGUGGAAGAAAUCGCUUGUGGAGAUCACCAUGUUGCGGUUUUGACAUCUAGAAGUGAAGUUUUUACAUGGGGGAAAGGUGCUAAUGGAAGAUUAGGACACGGUGAUACAGAAGAUAGAAGAACACCAACAUUAGUUGAAGCCUUGAAAGACCGGCAUGUGAAGAGCUUAUCUUGCGGCUCAAACUUCACAUCUAGUAUAUGUAUACAUAAAUGGGUCUCCGGAGCAGAUCAGUCAAUCUGCUCCGGAUGUCGCCAAGCAUUUGGAUUCACACGUAAGAGACACAACUGCUACAAUUGUGGCUUAGUCCAUUGUCAUGCUUGUAGUUCAAAGAAAGCUUUGAAAGCAGCAUUGGCUCCAACUCCAGGGAAGCCACAUCGAGUAUGCGAUGCUUGUUACAACAAACUUAAAGCAGCCGAGACUGGUUAUAUCACUAAUGCAAACAGGAACAAUGUUGCAACUCCUGGACGGUCGUCAAUAGAUGGUUCGGUAAGAAUAGAUAGAGAAACAACAAGGUCAUCUAAAAUUCUCUUGUCCGGAAAUACAAAAUCAGUCAAGACAUCAAGGCCUGGAUUUAGACCUAAUUCUUCUAAUGUCCGUGACUCGCAAGUUCCAUCUCUCCAACAACUUAAAGACAUUGCAUUCCCAAGUCUACUAAAACCUAUUGCUCCUGCUGCUGUUCCACAGCGUCUACUAGUGGGACCAAUGUCAUCGCCUCCACCUACAAGAUCCUCAUCGCCUUUACCUGGAAGAUCUUCAUCGCCAUACGCAAGAAGAUCUAGCCCUCCACGCACUUCUGGAUUUUCGAGGAGCGUUAUUGAUAGUUUGAAGAAGACUAAUGAAGUUAUGAACCAAGAAAUGACGAAGCUGCAGAGUCAGGUUAAGAACUUGAAAGAGAAAUGCAAUAAUCAAAGAACAGAGGUCCAUAAAUUUCAAGAAGCAGCUAAAGAAGCUUUCGAAUUAGCCUCAAAGCAAUCUUCUAAGCAUAAAGCAGCUACAGAAGCCCUAAAGUCUGUUGCAGAACAGUUAAAAGGAUUGAAGGAUAAACUACCACCUGAAGUAUCAGAGAGUGAAGCUUUCGAGUCCAUUAACUCUCAAACUGAAGCUUAUCUAAAUACAAACGAAGUAUCUGAAACAUCUAUACUUACAACUUCGAUACUUGAUCAACAAGAAACAUCUCCUUCCGGAAACACACAAGAUCAAAAGGUUGAUGAACAAGUAUCAUCGAACUCAAGUAUAUCCGAAACGUCAAAUUCAUCAAAGCCAGUACCAACAGAAUCUUCAUCAUCAUCAUCAAGAACAGGGGGAAAGGAAAGUAAAGAACAGUUUGAACCUGGCGUUUAUGUGACUUUUGUGGUAGACAUGAAUGGUAACAAGAUUUUCCGACGAGUUAGAUUCAGUAAAAAGAGAUUUGAUGAGCAUCAAGCAGAAGAGUGGUGGACUAAAAACAAAGAUAGGUUGCUUAAGUGGUAUAGUCCUAAUUCAUCAUCAUCAUCACCAAAACCAACGGCCUCCGAUUCACCUAUUGCUCCUCCACCACCAUCGGAACCACUGUUGGAUCCGUCAGUCCCUGAGAAGAGCAAUGACGAAGAACCAGAAGUCCCUGAGAAGAGCAAUGAGGAAGAACCAGAUUCUGAAAUCUAGCCAUGUAUAAGUUAUGAUUGUUAUUCUUAAGAAUCUGACGUGUUUUCUUAAAAGGUCUGAACAUUGUUGAUACGUAUUGUACUGCGUUAUUCAAAUAUAUGAAUAGUUUUGGAAUAUAUGAUGUAACACUUAAGAUCAUGUAGUUUGUAAAACUUCCUUAUCUCUUUUGACAUUAGUUUUUUGCUGUGUUUUAAAUGGCGCAUGGCGUUCUAAGGCGAGAA